AUGGCGCCCGCAGCUUCUCGCGAUGCAUUAUCCUCUGCCUCUUCCACCCUUCAAUCCGAAACCAGCCUGCAAACCCUCUUAGCCGCAGCGCGCCCGCUCCUGCGCGCAGAACACAACUCCCUCGACGACAAACUGCCUUCACUGCUCUCCUUGCUCCACUCGGCGGGAGCGGGGGAGUGCUGGCACAAGCACGGGACUUUCGUCGAACACCUCUACGGCACCUAUCGAAUGCUCAAGCUGUGGGGAUCCCCUGAAGCCGUCUGCCGAUGCGGCCUCUUCCACUCCACUUACUCCAACGCCUACGUCAGCCUCGCGCUCUUCCCGCACACCGAGUCCAGCAGGGCCCAACUCCGGGCCCACCUCGGCCCGGACGCCGAGCGGCUCGUCCACUUCUUCUGCUCGGUUCCGCGGCAGAAGCUGGUGUUCGGCCGGAUCCUGAUGGGUUAUGACUCGGUGGGGCAAAUCGUCGAACACCUGUCGGCUUCCCAACUCUCGCUGCGAAAUGCGAGGGAGGGGAUCGUUGUCGGCGGCGGCGGGGAAUCGGAGGCGUGGAGGGAGAAGCUGAAUUCGAUCGUGCCGGAAGGCGGCGUGACUGUGGAGAACAUAAAGACUGGAGAAGAGUUCACUCUGCCGCGGAGAAUCGUGGCGCUUCUGCUGUUGUUCACGCUGGCCGAUUUCGCGGACGAGCUCUUCAGCUUUCAAGACGAGCUGUACGAGAAUUUGGACGGUAGACUAGACUUCUCGGGCAAUAGUGCAACUCCUUUAUGGCCAGGGGCAGGAAAGCCAGGGCUAUGGGUUAACUUAAUUUCAAGAAUUGCAGCCAUCUACAACCUACUAGUUCGAGAAGAAGAGAUUUUCAUGGAGGAAAGAAGAAGGUCUGGUGGAAUUUCGGUGGACAAAGAACGAGAUGAAGACAUCGAACUCGUGGUGCCGCCGAUUUUCGACGGAUGGACGAAAAUUGUGGAUGCAGGCGACCAAGUCAUAGCCAGGGACACGUAUUGGGAAGCUGUUUGUGGAAAUGCCUCACAGAAUAAUGAUUGCAACGAUGAUAAGUUGGAUAAGGCGGAGGAGUUGUUGGUCAAGAGUCUAGAGAAGAACCCAUUUUUAGGGGAUCCGCAUCUGGUGUUGGCGCAGGUUUACUUGUCGAAAGGGCGGUUCGAGGCGGCGGAGGUGGCGGCGGAGAAGGGUCUGAAGCUGCUGCUGGAGUGGGGAACGGCGUGGGAUAAGAGGGUUUCUUGGGAAGGAUGGGUGGCUUGGGGUAGGGUUUUGGUGAUGAAGGCUAAAGAGAAGUCGUGGCCCAAGACUUCAUGGGGCAUCCGCAGCUUGGGGCUCAUUAGGUGA